UGUUUUAAGAAAAUGGCAGACAAACCAGACAUGGGGGGAAUCGCCAGCUUCAACAGGGCCAAGCUGAAGAAAACGGAGACGCAGGAGAAGAACACCCUGCCGACCAAAGAGACCACUGGGCAGAAGCGGAGUGAAAUUUCUUAA